AUGGGCGUUGCUUCUUACAUUGACUCGCUCGAGCCAUCUCAUCACAGAUCUUAUAGAAUUUACCACUUCUUAUGGCAUAAAGUGUGGCUAGCCUAUUGGUUUUAUUUUGUUCUUGCUAUUUUUAUAAUAAUUGCAAGAUGGGCCCCAAAUUUCGCCAGAUCUGGUGGUCUCAUAAGAGGAGAAUAUUCUAUUGGUUAUGGUGCAGUUGCCGUGAUUUUUUUAGGAUCCGGUCUCUCUAUGAAGACUAAGGAUUUACUUCAAAACGUUUUUCACUGGAGAGCGCACUUGAUUGUUUUAUCUUUGGAAUUUUUAAUCACAUCCUCUAUAAUGUACGGUUUUGCUUGUGCAAUUAAGGCCGCGAACAACCCUAGAAUAUCACUUUGGAUGCUUGUUGGAAUUAUUGUUAGUGCUUGCUGUCCAACAACUGUUAGCUCGAAUGUCGUCAUGACCCGGAAGGCUGAUGGAAAUGUUUAUUUAACGCUUUGUGAAGUUUUCUUUGGUAAUAUUCUUGGGGCCUUCAUUACUCCGUCAAUGGUUCAAUUGUAUACCCGUGGUACUUGGUCAUUUGCAAAUCCUGCGAAUGGGACUUCUUUUGGACAUGUUUUUGCAAGUGUCAUGAAACAAAUUGGAUGUUCCGUUUUUAUUCCGUUGUUCGUUGGUCAGAUAGCACAGAAUUUUAUCCCGAAAAUUGCCCAAAAGGUAUCUUCGGUGUUGAAAUUUUGUAAAUCUGGUUCUGUUAUGCUUCUCUUGAUCAUGUUUUCGUCAUUUUCAACAGCAUUUUACCAGCAUUCCUUUACAGAAGUUUCACAUGCAUCCAUCAUUAUGUUAUGUUUCUUCAACUUUGGAAUAUACAUGUUUUUCACGGUUAUAUGUUUUAUAAUGUCCAGACCUGCAUUUCUCUUACGCAUUUUUAAAAGAGAACCGACUGAAAGCUCUUCAUGUUUCUAUAAAUGGUCAUAUAAAAUAUUCAGACCAUUUUAUUAUAACAGAUCGGAUACUGUGUCCGUCAUGCUUUGUGGAGGUGCAAAAACUGCUGCCUUGGGUGUCUCGUUGAUUACGUCGCAAUAUGGUAGUGAUAAUCCACAUCUUGGCGAGUUGCUUGUUCCGAUGGUUCUUUAUCAAGCUGAGCAGGUCUUGGCGGCUAAUAUUUUGACCGGUUUCAUGAAGAAAUGGAUUCAUGCAGGCCCAGAAUGGAAGAAGCAAGAAUUGGAGAAGGAACUAAAGGCAGAGAGAGUCGGUAGUGAUAUUGAGGAUACGGGUAAUCAACUUCCCAGUAAGUCAUUGAAAAAAAUAGCAUAUGAGGAGGGUUCAAGUGAAUUAGAUAUCUCUCUUAAUUCUCCAGGGGAGUCAAAAAAAGAGUGA